GAUUUUCUUUAUCAAUAUUGUUGUCAAACAGAUUCGAGAGAGAGGGAGGGAGAUGAGGAGAAGAGGCAAGGAAGAAGACGAAGUGGAACAGUUGCUUCAAGCUGCUCAAGAUGAGAUGAUACUCAAGCUCUCCGUUGAUUCUCACACCUCUCGAUCUUCUUCCGAUUACUUAGAUCCAGAUCUCCAUUCCAGAUUUCUCGCUCUCAAAUCUCAGAAGAAGACGAACGAUCACCAGAAACAACGGCCGAGAUCGCCGCCGCCGCCGAAAUCAAAAGAUGUUAUUGAAGAAACGCCGGAAGAUAUCAUGCUCAGAUUCGCGGCUCUGAAGACUUCUCUCCCCUCCGCGUCUUCUUCGUCCUCUGUUUCGAAGCCUGUUCUUCUUCACGAUCAAAUCGGAGAAGAUAGUGAUGAAAUCGGAGAAGAUGCUGAAGUGGAAAAGCUGAUUCAGUGGGCUAUAGACGCCGCUCGUCUCGAUCCUUCACCUCCUUCUGACGAUGAUGACAAUCAGAGUUCCGAUGACGAUGAUGAGGAUGAUUCAAAGAGAGGUGCCAAACCCUGAUUAUAACAACUUUGGCUCUACGUGUAACUCCGUAAGGUGUUUUCUAAUGUUUGCAUUCACAGAUAUAUCAGAUCAAGUGUUGUCAUUUGCCUGAUACCAUUGUAUAGUGCCAUUUUUACGAUCAGUGAAAAAUGGAAUUGAGAACACAA